AUGGGUCACAGUGCAGCCUGUCACCAUGGCUUUGUGGUUCUCAGGGCUGCUGUACAUUUAUUUACCAAAAAUUUAUCUCCUGACAAGAUAAAUCUAAGUACCCUUAAAGGAGAAGGUGAAUUGAAGAAUCUGGAGUUGGACGAAGAGGUGCUUCAGAAUAUGUUAGAUUUACCCACAUGGCUUGCUAUCAACAAAGUUUUUUGUAACAAAGCAUCCAUUAGGAUCCCAUGGACAAAACUGAAAACACAUCCUAUCUGUUUGUCUCUAGAUAAAGUAAUAAUGGAGAUGAGUACAUGUGAAGAACCUCGAGCUCCUAAUGGCCCAUCACCAAUUGCAACAGCUUCAGGACAAAGUGAAUAUGGCUUUGCUGAAAAAGUAGUUGAGGGAAUUACUGUUUCUGUAAAUUCUAUUGUCAUCAGAAUUGGAGCAAAAGCUUUCAAUGCGUCCUUUGAACUUUCUCAGCUGCGAAUCUAUAGUGUCAAUGCAAAGUGGGAGCAUGGAGAUUUAAGGUUUACUCGUAUUCAAGAUCCACAGAGAGGAGAAGUUUUGACAUUUAAAGAAAUAAAUUGGCAGAUGAUUCGAAUAGAGGCAGAUGCUACCCAAAGUUCACAUCUUGAAAUUAUGUGUGCUCCUGUUCGAUUAAUAACCAACCAGUCAAAAAUCCGAGUCACACUUAAAAGAAGAUUAAAAGACUGCAAUGUCAUAGCAACAAAGUUAGUUCUAAUAUUGGAUGAUUUAUUAUGGGUUUUAACGGAUUCACAGUUGAAAGCUAUGGUACAAUAUGCAAAAUCUCUUAGUGAAGCAAUAGAAAAAUCAACAGAACAAAGGAAGAGUAUGGCUCCUGAACCUAUACAGAGCUCCACAGUUACUCCAUCCACCCAGCAAGUGAAGACACCACAGACUUCAAAUGCUCCUGACCUGAAUGAUGCAAUUGUGAAACUAUUCAAUGACUUUGAUGUUAAAGAAACCUCCCAUCAUUUAGUGAUUUCUCAUCUAGAUCUACACAUAUGUGAUGAUAUUCAUGCAAAAGAAAAAGAGUCAAACAGACGUAUUACCGGAGGUGCUAUGCAACUCUCUUUUACAUACCUAACCAUAGAUUAUUAUCCUUAUCAUAAAGCAGGAGAUAGUUGUAAUCACUGGAUGUAUUUCAGUGAUGCAACCAAAACGAAGACUGGAUGGGCCAGUGAGUUGUUGCAUGAAUUUGAGUGCAACGUUGAGAUGCUUAAGCAGGCUGUGAAGGAUCAUCACGUGGGUUCACCUCCCACAUCCCCAACACACGCCUCUCCCCAGCACAUACAGACAGAGAAGGAUUCUGCUGUGAAAGGGACCUCCAGAAUGUCUGCAGUGUUGCCCCAGCAAUCCAAAGCUAAGCUGAUGUCAAGUUCUGUUGUGGUUAGACUUGCAGAUUUCAACGUGUACCAGGUCUCUACAGCAGAACAAUGUCAUUCUUCUCCCAAAAGUAUGAUUUCCUGCAAUAAAAAAUCACUGUAUCUUCCACAAGAAAUGUCAGCUGUCUAUGUAGAAUUCACAGAAUAUUACUAUCCAGAUGGAAAGGAUUUUCCAAUUCCAUCUCCCAACCUUUAUGGCCAGCUGAAUGCACUGCAGUUUACUGUGGAUGAAAGAAGCAUUCUGUGGUUAAAUCAGUUUGUGUUGGAUUUAAAACAGAGUCUUAAUCAGUUCAUGACUGUGUACAAAUUGAAUGACAAUUCAAAAUCUGAUGAGCAUGUUGAUAUUCGAGUUGAUGGCUUAAUGCUAAAGUUUGUCAUUCCUUCUGAAAUGAAAUCUGAAUGUCAUCAAGAUCAACCUCGUGCUGUUUCCAUUCAGAGUUCUGAAAUGAUUGCCACCAACACAAGGCACUGUCCAAACUGUCGACAUUCUGAUCUAGAAGCAUUGUUUCAACACUUCAAAGAUUGUGAUUUUUUUAGUAAAACAUACACUAACUUCCCUAAAUCUUGUGACAGUUUUAAUCUUCUGCAUCCAAUUUUCCAGAGACAUGCUCAUGAACAAGAUACCAAAAUGCAUGAAGUUUAUAAAGGAAAUAUUACUCCCAAAUUGAAUAAACACACCCUUAAGACUUCUGCUGCCACAGAUGUUUGGGCUGUGUAUUUUUCUCAGUUUUGGAUAGAUUAUGAAGGGAUGAAAAGUGGAAAAGGACGACCAAUAAGUUUUGUAGACUCUUUCCCUCUAUCUAUCUGGAUUUGUCAGCCAACAAGAUAUGCAGAGUCACAGAAAGAGCUGCAGACUUAUACUCAGGUAGCCAUAAAUACAUCCCAAAGUGAAUCUAGUGAUCUGGUUGGUCGACUGAAGCGGAAGAAGCUGCUAAAGGAGUAUUACAGCACAGAGUCCGAGCCUGUGGCAAAUGGUGGCCAGAAACCCUCAUCAGACCCAUCGCUAAGUGUUUCCUCUUCAUCAUUGGAUGCAGAUAUUCAUGUUCUGGUUCAUGUGCAUAAGCAUGUUAGUAUGCAGAUCAAUCACUACCAGUAUCUGCUUCUACUUUUCCUACAUGAGUCACUUAUUUUGCUUGCAGACAACUUAAGGAAAGAUGUAGAAGCUGUGACUGGCAACCCUGCUACUCAGACAUCUGUUUGCAUUGGACUCCUACUCAGAAGUGCAGAACUGGCUCUUCUGCUGCAUCCAGUGGAUCAACCAAAUCCUCUUAAGUCUCCUGUUUCUGACAGUGUGAGCCUGAUGGUUCCUGAGGAUUUGCCACCAGAAAAUGGAGAAUUUUUGUCUUCAAAAAGAAAGCAAGUUAGUAGUGGUAUAAAUCAAAUAAGUGUCGGUGUUAAUCACAUGUCAGACAAUAGAUCUAUGAGUGUUGACCUUAGCCAUGUCCCUUUAAAGGACCCUUUGCUUUUUAAAUCAGCUAGUGAUACAAAUCUGCAAAAAGGUACUUUUCUAGACUGUUUAUCAGAUAAGCAUUUAGGGAAAAUAAGCGAAGAUGAAAAUAGUGGACUAGUUUACAAAGGCGGGUCAGGAGCAAUUGGAUCAGAAGUAAAUGACAGAAAACAUUCAUCUUGUACAGAUUCAAAUCAUGUCUUAAACCACCAAGAAGACUCAAGUAGGCUGUCAUUUGAUAAUGAUGGUAAUCAAAACAUUCUUUCAAAUAGUUUAACUAAUAAAGGAAAUGAAACCACGGAGUCACUCUUUAAGCCUGAAGAUCUGCUUCUAGAUGCAGCUUCAUCCCCUGACAACCCAGAAAUCAGUAAAGAAGAGGCAUCCGCAGUGAGAACACUUAAAUCACAGUCAUCUUUAAGUGGGAAGCCUAAGGAACGUUGCCCACCCAACCUGCCUCCACUCAGUGUUUCUUAUAAGAACAUGAAAAGAAGCCCCUCACAAAUCUCCUUGGAUACCAUUUCCCUUGACAGCGUGAUAUUGGAAGAGCAGUUGUUGGAAAGUGAUGGAAGCGAUAGUCAUGUAUUUUUGGAAAAAGAAAUUAAAAAGGACUCUACCAAUCACCAGAGCCCAGCAGAGAGUGUGAGCACCAGUGCAAAUCUGCAGAAAUACGGUGAAUCCUCUCCAGAUGCCAUUAGUACGAAUUCAGAGGGUGCUCAAGAAAACCACGAUGACCUGAUGUCAGUCGUGGUGUUUAAAAUUACUGGUGUUAAUGGAGAAAUUGAUAUCCGAGGAGAAGAUACAGAAAUCUGUCUUCAAGUGAACCAGGUGACACCAGAUCAGUUAGGCAAUAUCAGUCUUCGGCAUUAUCUUUGUAAUCGUCCAGUUGGUUUUGAUCGGAAAUCUGUAAUUCAUUCCAAAUCUUCUCCUGAGAUUCUGCUGAGGUUUGAAAGUGGGCCUAGUGCUGUUAUACACUCUUUGCUUGCAGAAAAAAAUGGAUUUCUACAAUGCCAUAUAGAAAAUUUUAGUACUGAGUUUCUUACAUCUUCUCUUAUGAAUAUUCAACAUUUUCUGGAAGAUGAAACUGUUGCAACAGUAAUGCCAAUGAAGAUACAAGUUUCUAACACAAAAAUAAAUUUAAAAGAUGACAGCCCUCGGAGUGGUACAGUAUCCCUUGAACCAACUCCUGUAACUGUGCAUAUUGAUCGUCUUGUUGUAGAGAGAAAUGAUGAUGGCUCAUUUCGUAUCAGAGAUUCGCAUGUGCUUAACGCUGAAAAUCAUUCGAGAGAAAAUGUCCGAAGUGAUUCCGCGCUGUCGACCAGUGGGCAGUGUGAACGGAAGAAACAGCACGGUGUUGAGCGAGCAACUCAGACGAGCCCAGAGGCCCUGUGGCCGGCUCCAUCAGUUCACUUGCCUGAGUGCUCCUCUGACGUUUCGAGGGAACAGCUCAUGGAAGAGAAUGAAUCUCUUAAACAGGAACUAGCUAAGGCUAAAAUGGCUCUUGCAGAGUAUCACUUGGAAAAAGAUGCACUUCUUCAUCAAAUAAAGAAGAUGACAGGUGAAUAACAAGAGUGAUUAUCAGAACUCCAAUUAUAGAUCAGGAGGAGGAGGGUAUAUUUAUGAUGUACGUGUUACCAGUGAGUGGAAGACUUUCCUUUUCAGGAAAUUACCAUGACAUGGAAUGUGGUGAAGUAGUGACUUUUCUACUAAAGCCAGUUUGGAAAGUAUUAGGUACGAACAUUACAAUCUUUAGUUAUUUUGUGUUUUGGGAUUCUACCCUUUUUUAAACUGGUGUGAUUUGGGGAAGUCAGCACAUACUGUAAAAUAGUUACAUGCUUAAUGAUAACCAGAUGUCAUUUCCUAAUUUUUAUAAUCUCAUUAUAAGAAUUUUUUUAAAGAAAAAGAAAACCUGUUGUGUUCACAUGAAUUACUGAAUUUAUUUCUCACUAUUUGUUAAUAAUUUACUAUUUACAAAGAUUCAAAUGCUUUUAGGGAUAAUGUAAAAUAAAAGGAAGCUUACAUUUUAAAUGUUAUUAAAAUUAUGUAUUUAAAUCUAUAAGUAUUUAAUCACUGUAAAAAGUCCAAUCAAAUUAAUAAAUUGCAUAAUUAAUAAGUUUAAGAACUCUGAAAAAACUUUCACCCUGGUGAACUUAUUAAAGUAACUUGAAAAUGUGAAAAAAGUCACUUUCGAUAAUGGGUAAGCUAUGUAAGUGGGAGCUAUAAUUUUCAGUAAAAAGAUGGUACAAAUGUAAAAAUAAAAAGCACAAAUAUUAGUGUAGUCAAGUGAUUUAAAAAGCAUUACUUGUACAUUCCUUUAAACAUUUAUUGUUAAAGUAAAAUUUAACUGUCAUUCUAAAUUUGGCAGCAUUUGUAAUUAUAAAAAUUUUAAUUAGUACUAUUUGUAUUAUUUCUUUACCUUUAUCAUUCCUCUUUAAGAAGAAUGUUUUUUGGGGAAUUUACCUUUCACACACUUAAAAUAACUUCAUACCAUUCCUGUAGUAUCAUAUUAGAUAGGUGUUUGCACAUACUGAAUUUAUAAAGCUAGUUUUGAUUAAAGCUCUACGUGAUUGAUAUAUAUAUACAAUAUAUAUACAUAUAUAUAUAGUCUUCUAUGAUAAGAGUUAUUGUUAAAUAUUGAAUUCUAUUUUCUAGGAAUUAAGGUUGAAAACAACAUGAGAGAAUCAUGCUUUAUGAAAUAAAAGUAUAUGAGUGUUUAAAAACAGGCUUUAAAGAUUUAAAAUAUAUUUCUGAUAGAAUUAAACUAAGUGGUAUCUAUUUUAAAAUUCACAUUCUUGAACAUAAAUAUAUCCAAGUUAGAACAUGAAACAGCUGGACUAUUUUUUUUUCAACGAUACUUGAAAAUUCUGAACCAUGUUGCCACACUUUAUGGUGCUUCACUGUUUGGCAUGACUUAUGAAGCUGUCCCUGUACUGAGUGCUUGGGGGGAAAUACAUAUCUUGUUUACAUUAAGUGUUAGAGUGUUAGGUUUUGUUGAAAACAGUUCUGGCCUUUUUUUCUCCUACAUCAUCCAUUGACAUUGACAUUACUUAAAAAUACAGGAACUCUUGGAGGAGCUGAGGAUACAGGCAAGAAGAAAUUAAAUUGUCAUUAUUUUACCACAGAGUAUUUUAAAAAUCAUGUGAAACUAUGCUUACCUAAAACUGUAUGUUACCUGAAGGUUAAACACAGAGGUCUAAUUAAAGAUUUAAAGUGUAUAGCUUACAUUUUUAAGUAGACAACUUUUGAUUUGUCGGUAUAGACUUAGCAAAAGCAGUCGCUAUUAUAGAAAAGAAGGAUUGAUGGGACAUUAACUUCUUCUGAGCUGAUAAUGUUUCUAUUGCCUUGUUCUAUAUAAAUUAAAAUUUUUUCUGUGGUAUAUUA